AUGUCGAUGAACGUCAACAAGGCCGUGACCAUGGGCGUGUUUGCUGCCGCCGGGGUUUACAUGGGGAUGAAAUUUUUUGAGCCAAUAGUCAUUGAACAGCUUCGCAAGGACGGGAACCUGCGCACGGAUAUAGAAGUCCCGCAGUACGACGAAGAGGGCAACAAGCUUCUGGAUCGCGGCGAGCAGGUGACCUGGGACGCGAUCCGCAGGGAGGGGCAGGAAGAACGGCAGAUUGCGGAAAGUUCUGCCUCCAAGCCGGUGAAUUAA